AUGGCGACUUUAGAACAAGCUAUAGCAAAAUUAAGAGAAGUCCAAAAGUUUACCACAGUAGGCAGAGUGUUUACUGAGGAAGAACUUAAGAUUAAAUCAAGUGAUAGCAUUUUAAUUAUUACCUUAAAAAAACAUAUCCAAUGUUCGGAGAUUAUUAAACAAAAAGACCAAGAUAUCGCUAGUUUAAAAGUUAAGAUUGGGGA